CAGCUGGAAGCUCUGACGUGUCAAAUUGUAGCCAUUUUCCUGAAAGGGAGGAAACGGCUUGAGGGAAGAAAACGCUCAACGAAUUUUUUGGGGGGUUACACUUUUUUAUAUGUGUAUUUAAUUUAUUUUUAUUUAUUUUUUGGACAAAAGUGUUUUCCCAUCUUGUGCCGCCAUGGGGAAUAUGUUUGCAGGACUCUUUAAAAUGUUUGGGAAGAAAGAAAUGAGGAUACUCAUGGUGGGUCUGGAUGCUGCAGGAAAGACAACUAUUUUGUACAAGCUUAAACUCGGAGAGAUUGUGACAACCAUCCCCACGAUAGGUUUCAAUGUAGAAACAGUAGAGUACAAGAACAUCAGUUUUACAGUUUGGGACGUUGGUGGUCAAGACAAAAUCCGACCAUUGUGGCGCCAUUAUUUUCAGAACACACAAGGUCUCAUCUUUGUUGUGGAUAGCAAUGACAGAGAGCGAUGUGCUGAGGCCCGAGAAGAGCUCUUAAGAAUGUUGGCAGAGGACGAGCUGCGUGAUGCUGUGCUUUUAGUGUUUGCCAACAAACAGGACCUCCCAAAUGCCAUGAAUGCUGCAGAGCUCACAGACAAGCUGCAACUUCACUCGCUGCGCAGCAGGAACUGGUACAUCCAGGCAACCUGUGCCACCACUGGAGAUGGUCUCUAUGAAGGACUUGAUUGGUUAUCUAAUCAGCUCAAGCAUCAUCAAUAAUCAGAGCAUUUCACAAAACCUCAUGUUUCUAUUUACACGGAAAAAAAAAAAGAAAAAAAAACCAGUUCCUCCACACUGGAAACAGUCCCCAGCCUAGGUUUGAUCUCAGACACAGCCCAGCAGUGGGGGUGAUCUAAUCAUGUAAAGCUUCUAUUAUUAUACUUUUUAAAAUUUAUUUACUUGUAAAUAAAUUUGGGUCAUGGGGGAGCUAAUUGCACUCUUUAAAACCAUGUGGUGAUUCUUCUUUUCCUGAUUGCUGGGUGGCUUUGACUUGAUUAAAAAAGGGAGGAAAUUGUAUUUUAUACCAGCGCACUGGCACCUUAGUGCAGUCAAGGGAUUUUUCUGGUUGUGCACUGUAGGAAGUGAUCAUCAAGGUUUUUUUUUUUUUCUAAAACUAUACUGACUUAUACACUGAUGCACUACUUGUAGCUAACUUGUUCCUGAYUACAUGCAAGAACUUUGAAAUUACCAUUUGGUACAAUGGAAUUAACCAUUUGUACUGACAUCACUCCUGUUUGUGAAUACUUGUCAGCUUUUGUUGUGAAAUAUGUAGACAAAUUAAAGUGCUGCAGAGAUUACAGACCUGCCUGGUGUGUUGCAUUACAGGAAGUCAGGUGAUCUCUUUAGUCUUGAGAAGGCAGAAGAUGGGGUUUGUGUUUAGCAUUUUCAGGAGWCUCAGGUUGACAAUGUGGUAUGUUGGCCUUUUGGAGUAUGCAUAUUUCUAGUGACAUUAGGCAGAGGAGAAACUAUUUACCCAACAGAUUAUUUAUUCCUGUAGCUCUACUGUUUAAUUUUGUAUGUUUAUUGUAAGCAAUAAGACACCAGUAAAUUUUAUCUGAGCUCAGUUUGGGAAAUGUUUUCAGAGCAAUACCAAAAUCAACGGCAUCUUUCAGUGCUGCCAGUUGUGCUGUAACAAAAGGCCAAAUGCCUCCGUUGUUGAAGUUGAGGACACAUUGCCUUUAUUUUUCCAAGAUUUAUCUAUAAAGAGUGCAAGUUUGACUUUAUAUGUUGUGAUUCAUUUCUUGAGUUGAUUCGUUUUGAGCUUUUGUUUGUGUGUGUGGGGAAAACACUACAAAUAAAAAUGAUUGGAUAUAAACAUA